AGGACAAAUACGCGCUCAUGUUUCCGCAUGCCGAGCAGAACACGAAAGAGGGCGAAUAAUCGAGCUGAAGCUCGUCCAACCAGAUCCAGCGCCUUUCGAAGAGGAAGUUACCUCCACCGAGGAGGUGCACGGAACGUUGCAGAGCUUUCCUCGGAACCUAUUUUGCACCGCAGGGCGCCCUUAGUUCGCGUCCAUUUGUCUAGAAAUCGCGUUAGUUUUGUCGAAUUAUUACCAAGACUAACCUCGCCUUGUUGUGGGUGCCACACGAGGAGGAGAGGGCACAAGUUUUCCGCUGCCUUGUUUUCCCUCGUCUCCGCGGAGCUCCUUAAAUCCGCAGGAAUGUCGCAGGAGAGACCCACUUUUUACCGGCAGGAGCUCAACAAAACAAUGUGGGAGGUCCCGGAGCGGUACCAGAACCUGUCUCCCGUCGGAUCUGGUGCCUAUGGUUCUGUUUGUUCAUCAUUUGACAUGAAGACGAACCUGAAAGUAGCAGUGAAGAAGUUGUCCAGACCUUUCCAAUCCAUCAUCCACGCAAAGAGAACCUACAGAGAGCUGCGGCUGCUUAAACAUAUGAAGCACGAGAAUGUGAUCGGUCUGUUAGAUGUGUUCACACCCGCAACAAGCUUAGAAGAGUUCACCGAUGUCUACUUGGUGACCCAUUUAAUGGGGGCGGACCUCAACAACAUCGUAAAGUGUCAGAAGCUGACGGAUGACCACGUCCAGUUCCUCAUCUAUCAGAUUCUCCGAGGCCUAAAGUACAUCCAUUCUGCAGACAUCAUCCACAGAGACUUGAAGCCCAGCAAUCUGGCUGUAAAUGAAGAUUGUGAAUUGAAGAUCCUGGAUUUUGGUUUGGCCCGACAUACGGAUGAUGAAAUGACUGGCUAUGUGGCCACUCGGUGGUACCGAGCCCCAGAGAUCAUGCUGAACUGGAUGCACUACAACAUGACAGUGGACAUCUGGUCGGUGGGCUGCAUCAUGGCUGAACUUCUCACCGGACGAACACUAUUCCCCGGCACUGAUCACAUAAACCAACUGCAGCAGAUAAUGCGUCUGACGGGGACCCCCCCAGCCUCCCUCAUAAGCAGGAUGCCAAGCCAUGAGGCAAGGAACUAUAUCAACUCACUUGCCCACAUGCCCAAGAGAAACUUUGCAGAUGUAUUCAUAGGUGCCAAUCCUCUUGCUGUGGACCUGCUGGAGAAAAUGCUGGUGCUGGACACGGACAAACGGAUCACGGCAUCCGAAGCGCUUGCUCACCCUUACUUUGCUCAGUACCACGAUCCAGAUGAUGAGCCAGAGGCAGAGCCUUAUGACCAGAGCUUUGAAAGCCGCGAGCUGGAAAUUGAGGAGUGGAAGAGGUUAACCUAUGAAGAGGUGGUCAGCUUUGAGCCGCCAUCGUUCGACAGGGAUGAGAUGGAAUCAUGAGGAAGAGUAGAGGCAUCCAUCCUUAAAUGGAAAAUCACUUAAAAAAAACAACAACAACAAGGAAAUCUGUGUGUGUGAAACACCCUCAACAUCACCACAAUGUUCAAGUGCCUGCCAUCUUUAAAUCUCUGGGGGGUAAUUUUCAGGGAUUGAACUAGACUGUGUGUUUCUAUGAUCACUCAUGUUGCAAGUUUCUUUUUUUUUUCUAUCCUAACUAAUAAUUUAGUUAGAUUAGCAGCUGGCAUUGUGUUCUUGAUAUUGUGAGCAAAUUGGAGCAACUUUUAUUUAGUUGAUAAUGAAAGUAAUAAUAAACAAGCAAGAUUGAAAUGUUUUAAGGAGAUAUUUAUCAAAUGUAUCCUCUUCCACUUGCAAAUUGCCUAUUUUUGUACAUAGACGUGUUUUAGAUUGACCACAAAAGCAGUGUUUGUAUACAACUGAUUCAGCCAGGCCAGUAAUCAUAUUGGACACGCAGUAUGAAUUAUGUCUUGAGGUAUGAAAGAAGAUUUGUUAUUUAAUAAAUAAAGUGUGUAUGACACAUCUCUUCGGUAUAUGUUACAGUCGAGGCUUUGUUUUUAUAAUUGGAUUCAGUUCCUCAAUGUUUCUUCUCUAUGGCCCUGAGAUGUUUGUUUUCUGUGUGCCUCGAUGAUUCCCACUCUUAUCUCCUGUUAGCACUUUAGUUUCUGUACAUUCUUUCCGCAUCCACUCAUAUCCAGCAGGACCACUAUAGUUUGAUAUUUCUUGAUGUUUUAAAUGUUAUCCAUCACAACAUGAGCUGGCAGUGUACUUUAAUCAUAUUGCGUUUAUAAAUCACAAGUGUUCAAUGAAUGUUUUGUGGAUAUCAGGCUGUCUUAUAUUUAUAUUAUCUGUUUUGUAUAUUGAUGUUGAAGAAUGUUAUUUGUUAAAAAAUAAGACAAAA